CAGCCCCCCCCAGUUGUCAGGUCUUGUCUUAGAGUUUAACCAACACUGGAGAUGCUCUAACUUUUGACAAAUCGACCCAAAAAAUCAUAACAAAAAUAUUACAACGUGCGCCGCAUCGUACUUUGAUUCAUUUGUUGGUUUGUACAUAAAUUCUAAUUUCAUAAGCUGAGGAAAGAAUAUCUUUUCCACAAAUGAAAAAUUUGUACCGCCUCUGCCAUCAAAGUGAUCGCUUUGAUGCGCUUCCGCCGCUAGAUCCGGAUAACACUUUGAUGGUGUUAGACCCGAAUAACAGAGACGUGUUGUACAUUGUUGCUCCGGAUGUUGAUAGUGAACAUACGCUGUAUCGCCUUGAUCGGUCCGGGACGCCUUCGGGGGGUACCGUCCGAAAGAUACUGUCGGUACCGGCACAGAUUAUUGGUCUGGACUAUUUGGCACUGAACGAUGAGUUGUGUUUGGCUAGUGCAGCCGGUGAAGUGACCGUACUUCGUACUGAUGGUGCCACUGAGAGUGAGGUGGAACCGGAGGUAGUAACAUUCUGUGGUGGCGGACUGGAAGCGAUGGGUUGGAGUCCGGAUCAGGGUGUGGUGGUGUUUGUUGAUUGUAAUCUCAACGUUGUCACGAUGAAUAGUGCCUACGAUCCAAUUAACGAGGUCUGCCUCAAGGAUGAUACCUUUGGUGAUCGAGAGUUUAUGAGUGUCGGUUGGGGUAAGAAGGAGACACAGUUUCACGGUUCCGAGGGUAAGCAAGCCGCUCGUAAGAAGAAAGAGGACGCGGAGAUGGUUGUCGAUGUGGAGAAAAUUGAUCCUCGGGUGAGAAUCAGCUGGCGGGCGGAUGGAGAAUUGUUUGUUGUUGGAUUUCGGGGACCGUUUGGCCGGACUUUUAAGGUGUUCAACCAAGAAGGAGCUUUGCAGUUUACAGCGGAAAAGUGCCUUGGAUUGGAGAAAUCGCUGGGAUGGAAGCCGUCCGGGUUGUGGAUUGCGAUUCCUCAAGUUUUGCGGGAGAAGUACGUGAUUGCGUUGUUCGAGAAAAACGGUUUGAAACAUCGGGAAAUUGAGCUUCCUUUCAAAUCGGAGCAUGAAUACGUUUCUGGUUUGCACUGGAGUUACGAUUCCGAAGUGUUGAUCAUUCAAACCAUCAAAACUGGGAGCAAAGUUAAUUGUUUGUAUUUCUUAACUAUUUGUAAUUAUCACUGGUACAUCAAACAGUAUCUGGAGUAUGAUAGGAAAAUUGUUGCGGUUCAGUGGGAUUUGAACUAUUCGGAGGGUCGUACGCUGCAUGUUUUACUGGACGAUGGGUAUCAUGAAGCUUCCCGGUGGGAAUUUGCGAUUGAUCACUCACGAGGAGUUGAUAGCUCGGAUGAAUCGUUGGUUGCAGUCAUCGAUGGUUCUAAUCUUCUGUUGACCAACUUCCGUAGCGUCGUGGUUCCUCCUCCAAUGUGUGGUUUAACAGUACGAACUGCACAACAAAUCAACGCUACAGGUUUCCUACGUUAUUCGGACGAAAGCUUAGACUCGAAUUGUUUUUUCACUGUGUCUUCCGUAAAUAGAGUGAGCUUCUACCGUUCGGAAUUUAUUGACGGAUCAGUCAAGCGUUUGAAAGCUGUUCAAUUAAUUGGUAGUGAGUUGGAGGUAGAUACGGGAAUCUACUCCCAUUGGGUUUGGUUGCGAACCGAUUUACUCUUAGCUAUUGAAGGUUACAACAAUCUGAAAAUCUAUUCCGUUUUGUCAACCGAAAGUAAAUUGAAUCUUCUUGAUAGUAAAAGAAUUGGUCAUGACGACGAUCGAGUGGUGUGCAUCGAGGGAAUCAAUCGAAAUUCGGCAUUGAUUGAAGUGGCCUCGGGUCAGACUUACCGACUAUGUUGCGAAGCAACAAUUGACCUGAAAGAAGAUCUAAAACUGCCGGAAUUUUGUGAACAACUGCGGAUUCAUUCGGUCAAUAACAAAAAAACCUACAAAGUCUACUCGCUUCGAAACCGUCGAAAUCUUUUCGUCAACGGUUCCAAGCUAGCUUCCGAUGUCACUUCGAUGUUUCUGACCGAGCGUUACCUGCUGGCCACGACAAUCGCCGAGCUGAAAUUUCUGGAUCUCCGGAAUGACAGCGUCAUCGGAAGUCGUCGCAUCGAACGUGGCUCCAAGCUAAUCGUAGUCGUUCCGAAAUCCUCUCGCACCGUAUUUCAACUGCCUCGUGGUAACCUGGAAGCGAUUGCACCCCGUGUCCUGUCACUUUGCUUGGUUGCCGAUUGUUUAGAUGCCCUGGAGUACUACAAAGCUUUCGAUAUUCUACGGAAAGAACGCAUCAAUCUGAAUCUGAUUGUGGAUCACAACCCACAGCUUUUCCUGUCUAAUUUGGAACGUUUUCUACUGGAGAUUACAAACGUGAACUGGUUGAAUCUGUUCAUUAGUGACCUGCUGGAUCAGGACGUUUGUCAGACGAUGUACAGCAGUAACUAUCCUGACCAAGGAGUGCCUGCUGAUGCCAACGGCUACAAACCGGAGAACAAAGUCGAAUACCUUUGCAAUCGUUUGCUGCAGGCUUUGGACUCACGUCCGGAUUCUACACUUCCCAAAAUCACUUGCUUUGUUCGACGGGGUCUGCUGGAGCAGGCAUUACAGCUUAUUUGGGAACAACGAAAAGUCCGCCAUGAGAUGGAAGUUGCCGAAGAAGCACUAAAAUACUUGCUCUAUCUGGUCGACGUGAACGAUCUGUACAACGUUGCUCUGGGAAUGUAUGACUUCGGAUUGGUGCUGUUUGUUGCAACCAAAUCCCAAAAAGAUCCCAAAGAGUACCUUCCAUUCCUGAACGAGUUGAAGCGACUUGAUGAAAACUAUCGAAAGUUUAAAAUUGACUGUCACUUGAAGCGGUUUGCAAAAGCACUUGAAAACAUUUCCCGCUGUGAAGACGACGACGAUCGGUUCAACGAGGCACUUGCGGUAAUGACUGUACACGGGCUGUACACGAAGGCCAUGACAGUCUACAAAACGAAUGACAAGUAUUACAAGACGGUAUGCGCCCGUUAUGGAGAUCAUCUUCGACAGAACAACAAACAGGCGGAUGCAAGUUUGAUUUAUGAAAAGGCUGGCGAUUAUCAGCAAGCAAUCGCAUCCGCUAGGAACGCUGUUGAGUGGGAAAGGUGUCUCAGACUAGCCCGAAUGGCCAAUUAUGACGACGGAGACAUGAGACGGUUAGUGCAGUCGUUGAUACCAGCGCUACAAGAAAACGCGGAGUUCGAGGCGGCUUCCUACUUAGCCAAAGAGUACUUGAAAGAUUCUAAAUUUGCCAUAGCGAUUCUACUGAAAGAUCACUUGUACGAGAAAGCUAUGAUGGAAGCACAACUGACGGAUCCAACACUGAUCGAGGCUUUGAUUUUACCGGAUCUUGACCAGUACCUGUUAGCUUUUGAGCAGAAAUUGUGCAAGGAAAAUGAAGAAUUUCUCAAGCACAAAAAUCGCUUAUUGUUAGUUCGGGAGCUGAAACUCAAGAAAAGCCAGGAACCAGACCCGGACGAAGACGAUGGCCGCGAUGUGGGUGAUUGCGACUUGUACUCCGAUAUUUCAACCAUCGCUUCAUCCAAGUACACCAGCAGCUCGGGAAGAUCAGGCAAAUCCCACCGUUCGAGCAAAAACCGUCGGAAGCACGAACGCAAACUGCUCAACUUGAAGGAAGGCAAUCCGUUUGAGGACAUCGCACUGAUCGAUGCACUACAUGCGCUGGUUCUCCGAAUCUGCUCUGUGGACCGACAGCGACAUGUUCGAUCGAUUUGCAAGGCGUCGGUGGAGUUGGAUCGACUCGAGCAGGGAACCACGAUACAGCACAGCUACGGGGUUUUGUAUGAUUUGGUUAAAUUUUCACUGGAUGCGAUUUGGAUACCGGAAAUGGUGGUUCCCGGCAGUGGCCAAGAUGUAGAAACGACCGCUGCUCUCACCGGGGAUCUGAAGCAAGUGCAAAAUGUGCAGCAUUAUGCGAUGAUCAAACCUCAUCAGCGAUACAAACCAACGCUUCAAAGCAUACCGUGGCAGUUUGAAAUGCUGAAGUGAUAUGAGUAAUAAAAUACAAAUAUUA